CACCAGAAUCCAGAGCAAGUGGCCAGGAGCACAGCUUCAGUGUACCCAUAGAUGUGUGGGCAUCACUUGAUGCAAGAAAUAAGCAUCAUGAGUAAAUUGUGUCACAUGAUAUUUUGCUUUUUGUUGAGAAAGAAGCAGAACUGCAGAGAUGAGUAGCCAAACUACUCCUGAACAGGUUUCCUCCCCUCCUAUGCACGAGCAGAGAUACUUUGACCGAUAUUCCGAGGAUGACCCAGAGUAUCUGCGUGUCCGUAACAUGGCUGCCGACAUCAGACAAGACUUCAAUGUGAUGGACCAGAAGAAGAGAGUGACUAUGAUCUUACAAAGCCCUUCUUUUAGGGAGGAGUUGGAAAUCCUCAUACAGGAACAGAUGAAGAAAGGCAACAACUCUUCAAAUAUUUGGGCACUUAGACAAAUCGCUGAGUUUAUGGCCAGUACUAGCCCAUCUGUCUUCCCUACUUGUCCUGUCAGCUCAUCCAUGGUGCUGCCUAUUAAUGACCUGCACAGCAAUGAUCCUGUCCCUUUGGCAAAGGGUGAGAGGCUGAUGAGAUGCAAGCUUGCCAGUGUCUACAGAUUGCUGGACCUCUACGGAUGGGCACAGCUGAUUGGUACAUAUGCUUCGAUAAGGGUGAAUAAAGAACAGGAUCACUUCUUAAUCAGCCCAAAAGGAAUUGCCUGUAAUGAGGUGACUGCUUCCAGUCUGGUAAAGGUAAACAUCUUGGGGGAGAUAGUGGAAGUGGGCAGCACUGGUUUUGAAGUGAACACGCAAGACUUCAGCCUGCACUCUGCAAUAUACUCUGCUCGGCCAGAUGUGAGAUGUAUAAUCCAGUUGCACACUCCUGCUACCACCGCGGUGUCAGCCAUGAAGUGCGGUCUGUUGCCUAUCUCACAUGAUGCCCUGCUUGCGGGUGAGGUGGUCUACUAUGAUUUUAAUGGAGCUAUGGAAGAGGAAAGUGACAGGAUUGAACUCCAAAAGUGCCUGGGACCCACAUGCAAGAUUCUCAUUUUGCGGAACCAUGGUGUUGUGGCAUUGGGAGAAUCUGUGGAAGAAGCUUACUACAAAAUCUUCCACCUGCAGUCAGCCUGUGAAGUUCAGGUUUCAGCUGUGCCCAGUGCAGGAGGACCAGAAAAUCUGAUAUUGUUGGACAGAGAGAAGUGUCGUCCCCAUGAGAUUGGAACAGUGGGCUGGGCUGGGAAUAUGUUCGGACCUAUGCAAAAGAGCAGGCUGGGAGAACAUGAGUUUGAAGCGCUUAUGAGAAUGAUGGAUAAUUUGGGCUAUCGCACUGGUUACACUUACCGGCACCCGUUUGUCCAGGAAAAGACAAGACACAAGAGUGAUGUGGAGAUACCAGCCACUGUAACCUCAUUUAUUUUUGAAGAAGAAGGAAUUCCUGUCUCCACCCUACGACAGCAUGCUCAGAAGCAGCAAAAGGAGAAGACUCGCUGGCUUAAUACUCCCAACACCUACAUGAGGGUGAAUGUUGCAGAAGAGAAUGUGGGAAGUCCCAGAAGCAAAACCACGUGGCUGAAAGCAGAUGAAGUGGUGAAGUCUACUAGUGGAAUGCCCAUUCGUAUUGAGAACCCCAACCAGUUUGUGCCUCUCUUCACAGACCCUCGGGAAGUCCUAGAGACAAGAAACAAAAUCCGAGAACAAAAUCGUCAAGAUGUGAAAUCUGCAGGCCCUCAGUCUCAGCUAUUGGCCAACGUGAUUACAGAUAAAAGCAGAAGUCCCUCUGCAGACAGUCAUCUGGCUACACAAGCAGAGACUGAGACCAAACAGCCACCCCAGGAGGAGAUUCCAGCUGAACCAGAACCACCAAACCCUUUCAGCCAGCUGACCGACCAAGAACUGGAGGAGUAUAAGAAAGAGGUGGAAAGAAAACAUGUACUUGAUGAUCAAGGUGACAAGGAGGUUGCAGAUGAGGAUUCUCAGCCUUUGUUGGUGACACCUCCCACUUCACCAGUGAGAAGUCCCACAAAAGCCACAGAACCAGUUGUAUCUCCUUCAAAAUCCUCAGAAGAAGCAGAGAAGAAAGUGGACGUCCUGGUUUCCACUGAGCCGGAAACUACUGAAAAUACAGCAGCGUCCGUGGUGCUAAACGGGAAAGAGGAGGACCAGCCACCUACGGAGGAAACAACCCCAAAAGUCCCAGAUACAGAAACCCCCAAAGGGAAAAACGACACUGUAACCAAUGCUUCUCCUGAAGGAUCCCCCACAAAAUCGCCCUCUAAAAAGAAAAAGAAAUUCCGUACUCCUUCAUUCCUGAAGAAAGGGAAAAAGAAAGAAAAAGAAAAAGAAAAGGCAGAGUCCUGAUUUUUUCUAAAACAUAAGAUUAAAAGCCUGUAAAACUGUUCAUCAGAUAGGGUAUAUACUCAAACACCUUCGUUCCAGAUUCGUGGUAGUGAAGGGGUUAAACAUACCCUUGUUUGUUAAAGUGACGAAAGUUAGAGGGGUGAUUGUUCCAGCAGAAAUCUGUGGCGUGGUAUUUUUUUUGUUUCUUGAGGGGACUUGUAUAGGCUGUAAGCUUUCUGCCUCCCAAUGCCAGGGACCAGCCCGCUAUGCUCAUAAAUCAAACACCAUUUUGUUUACAAGCAUCUUACCACUGUCACACAAUUAUUAGAAAUUGUCAGGGUUUUUUUUUUAUUUUGAGGGGAUGGGUUAUUUACAGUUUUGUUUUUACUUUAAUAUCUUGGAGAAAUGUAAAUUGCAACUGAAUGUUUGUUUGUAAAUGAAAUGACAACUUGGGUAAAUAUUAUUUAGGUAUGGAUAUUGGUUGACAGGGUAGACCAGAUUGCUAAAUUUCCCUUAGUUUGUGAGCAACUAAAUGUGUUUAUGAGCUCCGCUUUGUUAGUCUGCUCUGCAAAUAUUAUGGAUACCAUAGUAUUGCAUAAUAUAACAAUAAUACAUUGCAUAGCAUGAUGAUUUACAGCACAAUGUUUUGACAGGCAUGUGUCCCAUAAGAGCUGACACAUUUCAAGCUAAUCUACUUUUAUGUGUUCUGAGGUAAAAAAAAAACGUUGGCGACUCAGAAUUUGUUAAAUAUACCUUAUUUAUUUACUAAAAUGUAAUUAUAUUAUGUUGGUUUUUUUUAGUCUAAAUGUAACUUAGUAUUUUUAUUUACAUGUACCAUCAUAAUUAAUUAUGAUUUGCGCAACAAUGGAGAGGUUCAGGAAUCAGGUUUUAUUUAUUACGUUGUCUUGGAUGAAAAAUGAAUAUUGCAUUGCACUUUCAAGUUCUAGGAAUCAAAUUACAAAUUAUUUGUUUUAAUUUAUUUUUUAACCACAUAAUUUCAGUGAGAACUGAAUCAUGGGUAAUCAAAUGGAUACCAGUGUGCAGCACUUAAUCACUUCAGGUAGCAUAAGUAGCAUAACAAUUCUUUUUUUUUCUAUGUAUCAUCUAUAAUAGGGUAUUUGAAAGUGAUUAGUGUUUUUAAAAAAUGGGUGUUAUUUAAGGGUCAUUUUAGUCACAGUUGAAAAAAGAGUAUUUGUGGCUUUUUAAGAUGCAGCGAUUUCUUAUUGAAGAAUCAAAUAAAAAUGUAGGCUGUGCUGAAUGUAAAAAGCUGACAGGUAGUAAACUAGUGUCUGAGUCCAACAAAACAGUUUGCUGUUCUUAAUUAUUUUUGUAUAUUAUUUUAACCACUUGAUUUAUAUUUUUGUUUUUGUGCCAAACAGAAGUUCAAGCGUAAUUUUCAUUUUUUAAUUAUAUCUAUACAUUCAGCAAUAUGGUUUGUUUUAAAGAUGUAUAUACAAAAAAAUAUUUUAUUAACCAGCUUGUUCAAGAUGAAAAGGCAAUGUAAACUCAUUCAUUUUCUUUAAACUUAUUGCAUUUGAUACAUUUUUGUUAAUGGAAUACAUUCCAAGAAAAAAAAUGAAAUCUGUGUUUAUUAAGUCACAUACAGCUGUGUGCAUAUACAGUAUAUUUAUAUUUAUAGUGGGUUAUGGUAGAUUGAGGAAUACAGUGGCUUGGCUUUUAUUUGUAUGUGAACAAUUUUGCGUUACUGUACUCUGUUUACAACAAUUUGUAUAAAUUUAGUUAAUAGUUGUUAGGACCACUCAUAUAGGAAAACACACAUUGUGCUAGCGAAUCUCAAGUGAUAUUUUUCUUUGUGUUUACAGUUUAUCAAAAUAUAAAAGCAUUGUAUAAAAGCACUGUACAAUCUAAAUGAGUCAUUAGUGAUGAUCAUGCAGACACCCAUAAAAUGUCAUAAAACAAAUAUCUUAGCAUGCACUUUUAUUGCAUACAAAUGAGUGAUCGUAUGUUUAAAAAUAAAUAAAUAAAUAAAUAAAUAAA